CACUCGGCAUAUCAUAUGGCGCUGAUGUUGUUUUCGUACUACCGUACGUUUCCCCAGCCACCGUUGUUUGCAAGUUUAUAUUGUCAUUGAACGUCAUUAAAUAUCAUAGAAAAAUGUUGGGUUGCUUUUCUGUGAUCUUUCUGAAUCUGGCAUUACUCGGAUCUGUAACAUUACAAGUAUCUGCGUGGACCGGCCUGACGAAGCCAGAAAAUUAUUGGCCCAGUCCACAAUGUAUUCCUUACCAUAUAAGCUCGAAUUUCGAUGCAAUAACAACGCUACGUAUUAAGGAUGCGCUUGGGACUAUAGUAAAUGAAACACGAUCGUGUGUGAAAUUCAAACGGCGUACCGAUGAGAAGGAAUAUAUAUGGUUCGAGCUAGUACCAGCAAGGAGCAGCUGCGCAGCAGCGGUUGGACGAUCGUCCGGUAGGACUACCAAUAUCCGUCUCUCCACCGAUUGCACGAAAUCUUCCGGUACCGUUAUCCUUAAAAUUUUGCAUGCGCUAGGAUUUUUUUACGAACAUCAGCGUCCCGACCGCGACCAGUAUGUGCAAGUUCUAACAGACAAUAUACUCGUAAACCAACGCUCACGGCAAUACUACGCAAUUCUUCCCAACAUGUCUUCGUUUGGACUGCCUUACGACUUUCAGUCCAUCACGCACGCAGGUCCAUUCGACUUUAGCAUUUCUAUGAGGAAGCCGGCGUUUGUGCCAAGGGCUAACGUAUCCAUGGUUAUGGGUCAGCAGUCCCAGUUAAGCCCUUUGGAUAUUGCCCGCAUACGCGCGGCCUACGCAUGCGAUACAAAGCCCGGAAAGUCUCGUUCUGCCAAAUGCGCGCCAGAUUUCGGGGACGACAAUGAUGUUCCAUUUUCCACCGAUAGUUCAGAUGAUAAUUACACAUGUUUCAAAGCCAGGGUCAUGGCAAUGAAAUGCCGGUCAAGCGCGAUAGAUAUUCCGGUAUUCGAUCCCGAUAAGUCGGACGCUGCUGCCGCUGUUUUCGUUAGCGAUGCCACACCACGUUGCGUAAUUAUGUUCCACAGUUUCUAUUACUUUCUUCUCGAACUGGCUAACGCCACUGCGCCUGCUGCUUCGCAAUCGUGGGAAUCCGCUAGCCCUGCUGUUAUGUUCCGGUGUAACGAUAACUCGUCUUCUGUAUUGGGUCCGGAUCUUACCGUUCUUAACUCAAAUAAAAUUAUCAUCGACACAGAUGGCAGCUUUGCUUGUCGCAGCGCCUUCUUCAAAUUUCUGCAGUUCGUAAAAACCGAUUUUGUGGAAAAUGGAGAAGAGGCUGUGGACUCAUUGGUCCCAUCCAUCAUCCCGAUUGACGAGUGGGCGGAUCGAUUGUCACACUGCCCGGAAUACGAGCGUUCUCUCGUGGUUAAAUGCACGACUGGCAUUGUGACCUUUUCGGAGCCAAAUGGGACUACAUACAAAAUAAUUGUGGCAAGUGAUAACACCUUUCGCUGUCGACAGUUUGUCGUGAGCCUCCACGAACAUAUUGUUGCAACUCCAACCUAUCAAGUAUCGCAUGGCCUGUCGGUUCGCAAUUCCAUUGUUGCGGUUUGUCAGCAAGGCCGGACUGUCAUUUCGGAUGCUAAUCCAAGAGACUCAGAAAAGAUCAAUCUUGUGUUCUAUUCCGCACCGAACAAACUCUGCCAGGAUCAUUUUCGUACAUUCCUAAACUUCAUUCGCGACAGAGCAACCAUAAAAGGUAACGGUUCCUGUUGACAUCGGCAGCAUUGCAACAAGCGAAGCACAAUGAGAUAUUUUUAUUAUUUUUCAAACGUCUCUUGGUAUCGAAGCUUCAUAACAGUAAGUAAUUAUUGCAAGUCCUGCUUUACCUUGUUUUCUGCUCUAUUGGGCGUGAUGCCAUCUAUGACUGUACCUGUAGCUUACAAUUUCAAUAUUUUUAUUCCUGUUUGUUUGCGUAUAGUACGUAGUUCAGAAAAUGGAUCCUGGAUGCAGUAAGAA